UGGUAGUUGUCAUUUUGACUAUUGCGCCAUUCGGGUAAAAAACAAUUUACAACCUAAGCAAAUUACGAGAAAAUUCAAUCGAAAUGAGCGUUCUAGUGAAUAAUAGUGACUCGGACACGGAGGACAAUGACUCCUUCCACUCCUUUAACCAGAGCGAUCCGUCCUGGGAGGACCUGAGCCUCUCUCUCUCCGAGAGCGACUGCGACAGCGCCGCGGACUUUGAGUCGGGAUCGGAGCAUGAGACUUCGAUGGAGAAUGUGGAGAGAACGAUCGAGGAACCCGGGCAGUUGGCCCAGGCCGAUGGGCCCACCUUUUCGGGGGUAAUUUUAAAGCCAAAGUCGCCCGACUUGGAGGUCCAUUCCAGCGACUCAUCCGCCUGCGAUGGCAUCUCCACCGGCAAGGCCACCCAGGUGACGGGUCGCUUCAAGACCCCCAAAAAGUUCAACAUCUCGCCCAUCAGUCAGGAGAAGCCGGCUCCCGUGUUCUGUUGCCCCCGGGAGGUGCCACAACUCGCCUCGAAGCAGGUGCCCAGCAAGGAACUCUUCAGUCUGGACCAACCGGCAUCGGUGCUGAAGGAGCACCUGACCAGCAACCGCCAAACGGAGAUCUUGCAGAAGUACGCCUUCACCGAGAUUUGGGUGGGUUCGCAGCAGAAACCCAGCCAGCCCAAGAGUUCUCGCCUGCGGGAAUUUUCCGUGGCCCUGGAGGCCUAUUUUGACAAGGAUUCUUCCAAAAAGAAAAGUGACAUCGAUUCGGGGGCUGUCAAGAAGGAGUUGGAGCCAUCAAAAAUCCUUAAGGCUUCUCCGAAGAGUGUCAAGUCCGUGGAGGAGGAGUAUGUAUCUCCCUUCCCGAGUGUGUCUGUGCAACCAGCUCCAAAGGUAUCGCCCCUGAUGAAGGGAGUCAAGGCGCCUAUUACAGUGCCGGCUGGCUUUGAUUUGACCCGAUUGGUUGAGAUGAAGAAUCCCAACCACUGGCACCGCCGACCCAACAUGCGCACCGGCGAUAGCAUCUACUAGACGUUACUCAACAAUAAUUCUACCAUCACGGUCAACACUGAACUACUAUUAUUUCAUCAUUGAUACUCUACUAUUAUUUCAUAACGAUCCUCAAACGGGCUGGCCGAUUUGACAUUGAUUAUGUUAGCUGUUAUCCUGCUGCAAUAAAGGACUAGGAACUACCAAAGCAA